AUAGGUACUACUUUCCAGAAUGAAGGGUGUGAUGAUGAAAAAACUUGCUUAAUUCGCGGAAAAAAAUUAAAAAUCUAUCAAUUUGUUUCAUAAUUUUUCCAUACAUGUGAUAUCUGAAAUGUAUAAAAGACCAUUGAUAGAUUUAGAAAAGUUUAACCUUCGAUCGUCAAGCUGCAAACAUGACGUUAAUCAAAACGUUCUGGAUACUUCUCUGCUCCUCCGUCCUCGUUUUAGCCGAAGGUAUUUUUUUCCGAAAAGAAAUAAUCAGACAUGCUGGUGAUCUUCUGUCGGAGAUUGCCGAACCGUUCGCAGCUUCACAAGUUCAUUUCUUACUCUGGACAAGACGAAAUUCGUUUCUAUUUCAAGAACUCUUUAUCAACGAUGUAAAUGUCCUAGCUGCUUCUUCUUAUGUUAAGACAAAACCUACUAAAAUUUAUGUCCAUGGUUUUACUGAAAAUGGGCAAGGUGAUCUUAGUUUCAGGUUACGCAAUCGUUUCCUCGAAAAAGAAGAUAUUAAUUUUAUCGCAGUCGACUGGGCAUUAUUGGCUGCAGGUCCCGACUAUCCUAGAGCAGCGGCAAACACUAGGCUGGUAGGAUUACUCACGGGAGAUUUUGUGAACUUCCUGGUUUCACAGGGCACUGAUCUUAUCAAGUUGCACUUGAUUGGUUUCAGUAUGGGGGCGCAUGUGGUUGGACUGGCUGGACAUAUCGCCAACGGUGUACUACCUAGAAUAACAGGUUUGGAUCCAGCCUUCCCUCACUUUGAUUUCACUAACCCAGACGAGGUUCUAGAGAAAACAGAUGCCCAGUUUGUUGAUGUUAUCCAUACAAAUGCUGGCAAGUUGGAAAAUGGCAAAAUAGGCGUCGAUCGAUCGAUCGGACACGUCGAUUUUUGGCCCAAUGGUGGAUCUUCUCAGCCUGGCUGUAUAGAAAUCCCCAACAGCAGCGCUGGAAUCUUAAGUAUUAUGAACCUGUUUCUUGGAGGUAUCUGCAGUCAUAGGCGAGCAGUGGAAUAUUUUAUGGAAUCCCUUGAUGUUCCGUUCAUCGCCACCCGGUGCAAUUCUUACGACGAAUUCAAGCUUGGCUCAUGCACUAACAAUUUCAAAACUUUUCUGGGUGUUCCAGUCUCAACAUCAGCCGUAGGAAAUUUCUUCCUCGAUACCAACGUACCUCACACAGUCCGGCAAGAGAACAGCUUUCAAUCAAUAUUUAAAACAACUUAAAGAAAGAACAUUUUAUUUUCAAAUUGUGAAAGCUGUGUCUUUUUCAAUUCUCACUAUAAUAAAAAAAAAUU